AUGUCAUCUAAAAAUGAGCAGACACCAAAGGUUCCGGCUGAGUUGGAUCCACUAAAUGAGACAAUUUUCCGAGAACAAAUGUACGCAAUCUAUCAAGUAUGUCAAUAUCCAUCAAAAGAGCAAUACGCAGAAUGGGCUCAGACGUAUCAAAUUCAGCAGAGAAGAAUUCGAAAAUGGUUUGAUAAUCGGCGAACAAGAGAUAGAGAACGGAGAAAGAGAAAAGGAGAUGACAAUGAAGAUUCAAGUGAAAUUUCAAAAAGAGGAAGAGUUACUUGUGGUCUAGAUUACAAGAAUCAUGAAGAGGAAUCUACGGAUGAUUUUCAAGAUGAUAUAGAAGAGUUGGAUAAUUCUCAGUUCGAGAUGGCAAAAGUUUCAUCAAUCAGAGACGAGUUGAAAGACGUCAAAUCAGAAUCUCCGCCUGUAAUGGAACAAUCUUUUCAUUUGAGAACUGUGCAACACGUUUCAACACCACGUAGAGAUCGGAUAAUUCCAGAAAGUCAAACACUGUUUGUUCCAGCCGGAUGCUCUCUGGAUUAUGAAAAAUGGACGCCCGCAGAAUUUCUUCAAUGGACUUCCAACUUUCUAUCAAGCGCCCAAGCAAUGGACAUCAUAAAAAGCCAGGAAAUCUCUGGAGACACAAUGGAAAGUUUUUUUGACGAUCCAGAUUUUCGAAAAGAAACCGGAAUGCCGUAUGGACCAUUUCAGACAAUCAAAAAGCACGCUGCAACUGUGAUUAAUCGAUUUAACGGUUAUGAAUAAUAGUUAUUCAAAGUUCUCGCAUUUUCUGUACAGUGAUCUUUUUCGUUUUUAAAGUGUCUUAACUUUUUUUGAUUUUUUGCAAAGUGAUUUUCAUUACUUUAUCAAUGAUCGGGUUUUUAAUAGAUCCUUAUAAAUAGAAACCUAUAA